CGCUGCCAGAGUCCGUCCAACGAGAUCACACGAGACUAGUCUUGCUUCCCCCCUCCCUCAACCCCACACAGCUCAGGCAUUUACUUAUUCAACAUGGCUACGACUGCAUCGUUAUCGAAAUUCAACGAGAUUUAUGAACUGAAAGAAGAACUUGGCAAGGGAGCUUUCUCAAUUGUACGGAGAUGUGUUCAGAAGUCUACAGGACUGGAAUUUGCAGCUAAAAUUAUUAACACGAAGAAACUCUCCGCCAGAGAUCAUCAAAAGCUAGAAAGAGAAGCUAGAAUUUGUAGAUUGUUGAAACAUCCAAAUAUUGUGCGCUUGCAUGACAGUAUACAAGAUGAAGGAUUUCAUUACCUGGUCUUUGAUUUAGUAACAGGUGGUGAAUUAUUUGAAGAUAUAGUUGCUAGAGAGUUUUACAGUGAAGCAGAUGCCAGUCACUGCAUUCAACAAAUCUUAGAAGGAGUUAACCACUGCCACCAAAAUAGUAUAAUACACAGAGACUUGAAGCCGGAGAACCUGCUGCUUGCUAGCAAAGCAAAGGGAGCUGCUGUCAAGUUAGCGGAUUUUGGACUGGCUAUUGAAGUAAAUGGGGAUCAGCAGGGAUGGUUUGGUUUUGCUGGAACCCCUGGUUAUCUUUCACCAGAAGUAUUAAGAAAAGAUCCAUACGGAAAACCUGUAGAUAUUUGGGCAUGUGGGGUUAUCUUAUAUAUUCUCUUAGUUGGUUAUCCUCCGUUCUGGGAUGAAGAUCAACAUCGGUUAUAUGCACAAAUUAAAGCAGGAGCAUAUGAUUAUCCUUCACCAGAAUGGGACACUGUGACCCCAGAGGCAAAGAAUCUCAUCAACAGUAUGCUGACUGUGAACCCUGCCAAAAGGAUCACUGCAUCUGAGGCUCUGAAACAUCCUUGGAUUUGUCAACGAGAGCGUGUUGCUGCUGCUGUACACCGACAAGAAACUGUAGAUUGUUUGAAGAAAUUCAAUGCCAGGAGAAAACUAAAAGGUGUUAUUCUUACCACUAUGCUGGCAACCAGAAACUUCUCCACUGCCUCCAGUGGAAGUUCAGGUAACAGUUCAGUGGGUGGCUCUUCUCAAACUAUAUUAUCUGCUGAAAAACAAUCUUCUCAACCAGGGGUCUUAGAGCCAGGUCGUAGCUUGGUGGCAAAGAAAAACGAUGGUAUUAAAGAAUCCACAGAUAGCAGUGCUACACUGGAAGAUGAAGACACUAAAAGUAAAAUGGAUAGUGAGAUUUCGUUUUCCAAGACGAACUCUCGCUGUUCCACAGAGCAGGACCUUCUGAGCAGACAAUGCUGGUUAGGAACGUCAGCAAAGAAAGGAAAUCUUAUGCAUGAUGACAAAAGUACAGGGACAAUGUGUAUGGCUAGUCUGGUGAAUAUGUCCACUAGUUCAAAAGAUGGCCCAACCUGCUGUCGCAAACAAGAAAUUAUUAAGUUGACUGAACAACUUAUCGCUGCCAUCACAAGUAGUGAUUUUGAAGGAUACACAAGAUUUGUUGACCCUCAUGUCACAAGCUUUGAACCAGAAGCUUUGGGAAAUCUGAUAGUUGGAAUGGAUUUUCAUAAAUUCUAUUUUGAUCAUGCUAAAUACUGUCAUAGAGACACAAUAUCUAAGAAUGAUGGAAUAUUGGAAUAUUGUAUCCCUCGGACUCCCACCAUCGUAGAACAAGGCAAAUUUCCUGCUGACAACCCUGUGCUAUCAAAGAACAGUAAGACAUUGAACACCACAAUCUUGAACCCUCAUGUACACCUUCUUGGUGACGAUGCAGCAUGCAUUGCCUAUGUUCGACUCACACAGUAUAUUGACAGAGACGGUGUUCCAAUCACUGUUCAGUCAGAGGAGACAAGAGUGUGGCAAAGGAAGGAUGGCAAAUGGCAGAAUGUACAUUUUCAUCGCUCAGGAUCAUUGCAAGCUGUCUCAUCAAAAUAGAAGUGUAAAAAAUCUACUUAACUCUAUCAACAAAUCUAACUACUACCACCACCACUACUACUACAAAUACUACGACAACCACCAACAACCACCAUGACCACUACAAACAACA